AUGUUGAGUUUAUCUGUCAUAAACCAACCAUCAGAAAUGAGAAAUAGAACAUCUGUGACAGUCUUCAUCCUCCUGGGUCUGACAGAUAAUCCAGAACUCCAGGUUGUGAUAUUCUUCUUUUUAUUUCUGACAUAUAUACUGAGUGUUACCGGAAAUCUAACUAUUAUAACUCUUACCCUGCUGGAUUCCCAUCUGAAGACACCCAUGUAUUUCUUCCUCAGGAAUUUUUCAUUCUUAGAAAUUUCAUUCACUUCUGUCUGUAACCCUAGAUUUUUGGUCAGCAUUAUAACAGGGGACUGAUCUAUUUCCUACAAUGCUUGCGUAACUCAGCUAUUUUUCUUUAUUUUUCUUGGCUCAACAGAAUUUUUCCUCUUGGCUUCUAUGUCCUAUGAUCGCUAUGUGGCUAUCUGCAAGCCCCUACAUUAUACAACUAUCAUGAGUAACAAGAUCUGUUACCAGCUCAUCGUAAGUUCUUGGUUGGCUGGGUUUUUUGUAAUUUUCCCACCACUGGUGAUGGGCUUAAAGCUAGAUUUCUGUGACUCCAACAUUAUUGACCAUUUUACCUGUGACUCUGCCCCUUUGCUGAAAAUCUCUUGUACAGAUACGAGCACGAUAGAGCUUAUGAGCUUUGUUAUAGCUUUAGUCACUCUGAUGACCACAUUGGCACUAGUAAUUCUGUCCUACACUUACAUCCUCAGAACAGUUCUGAGAAUCCCUUCAAGUCAACAAAGAAAAAAGGCUUUCUCCACUUGUUCCUCACAUAUGAUUGUUGUUUCCAUCUCCUAUGGAAGUUGCAUCUUCAUGUAUGUGAAAACCUCAGCAACUGAAGGAGUUGCCUUGACAAAAGUGGUAGCUAUGCUCAACACCUCUGUUGCUCCUAUGUUGAAUCCAUUUAUUUACACACUUAGGAACCAACAGGUGAAGCAAGCAUUGAAGGAUGUUGUGAAAAAGAUAUUUAUCUCAAGACAUUGA